UAUAUUCGCUCGCAUACUUUCUUUUAGGUCUAUGUUCGCAUACAUACGUACUAAAUUGACGGUUGAGUAUGUUCCUGACCGACGUUAGCUGACUAUUCGGAUGCAGGCAUACCUUUUUAAAAAAAAUAGGAUUUCCUUGUCCAGAUAGAAGUACUUACGACAGGUGGAGAGGUGGGCAACCUCCGUGAUGGCACAACUCCAGAUUUUAAUAUCAACCUCGAUGCAAACCCCCUGCUGUACUCCCCGACGUUGACGAAGUCAUCGUCUUCGAAAUGCGCCGAACACAGCGCUAAUCUGCUACCAUAGCGUUCCGUUUCCCAGGUAACCGGUAGCGGGGUGACUUCAUCCAUGGCGACCCGGAUAGAUCGACUUGCUGAACCAAAACCCAACCUUCUGAGAUUCCCUGACAGACGUUCUUUAUACUGGUUAGAUAAACUGCCACCACAACGAAGUGGCCCAACCAACUUCGAGCUGUCCACACGAUGGUCAGAGUUAACAGAAGGCAAGCGAAUCCACUCCAAGUUUGAGCAAAGCAGGCGUUCAGCGGAGUGGUGUGUGAGUGCAGCUGCACGGAAAGCUCUCCCGUCAGACAGGGUCUGCUCCUUGGCCCUGCCACGCCUCCCUGCAGUUGGCUGGCAACCAGACCGCCCUCUUCUGGCCACAUUGAAUGUGGCAAAUAUGGCAGUUGCCAGCCCCAGGAUCUGUGAGCUGGCACAGCCGAAACAUGGCUCUCUACCGCCCCCAUUAGACCACACUGGAAAUGGCACUCCGCUUACCUCUGCCUCCUCACGAAUCCACCUUCUUGCUGCCCCAAAGACUGACCACCCCCAGUACCUGCCGGAUCGCCCGGUCAGCUGGCCUCUGUCAGCAACUGCAUGUGAGGCUGUGGCUUCAGAGCGUGUGCAGGAGCUGUCCCAGCCUAAGCCCCGGCGUGGUCUGUUCGAGGGCUACAACCCCUACACCGUGAGCCCAGCCGCCAGGGCCGCCUCUGCCUCCCCUCGCAUCCAGGAACUCAGCCUACCGCUGCCUCGCAAAUGCAGGAAAACAUAGAGAGAGAGAGAGAGAGAGAGGGAGAGCUCAUCCCUUACUGCACCUAUUUCAGCUGUUCAUAUGCAGUAAUCAUGUUACAAUAAAAUAAGAACAUGCA